AUGAUGAAAUAAUCAAAAAGGAUUAGAUCAAGAAGCAAAAAAUAUGAUAAAAUUACAUAAGAGGAACGAAUUUAAAUCGUAAAAAUGAAGGAAAGGGGUUCAACUUGUAGAGAGAUUAGUGAAGUGAUGAAGAAAAACAUAAAAACGAUAUAAUCUAUAAAAUCAAUAGAGAAAAAAUCAGAAUAUGCUGAUUUGAAAAAAGCUUUGGUUGAUUUUGGAUUUUAAAAAAUAAUGGAAAUGCCGUCUAUAGAUGUAUAUUACAUAGAUUAAUUUUAGAAAACAAAUUCUAAAAUCAUAGGAAAGCGAGCGAGUAAGCUUAUUAAAGAACAAUUAGAAUUGAAGUCAUCAAAUUUUUGGAAUCUUAUACCUGAAUAAAAAAAGUUCUCAAAUAAGAGAAGAAUAAUAUAGCAAAUUAUAAUAAAAAUAAUAGAGAAAGUUUAAAAUUCAAGACAAAAUAAUAAUGAAUGUCCUUAAUAAACAACAAUAAUUACAAAAGAAGAGUUUGAGGAGAAAAAGGAGGAAGUUCUUAAUAAUUAAAUGGGAUAAUCUUUGCAUUUUGAUUUAACAAAGGCAUAUUAUUAUCUGAUGUCUUUGUUUUUACCAACUAAAAUAAGUAUGCCUUUUUAAAAUGAUUUUUAUGAAUAAUUAACUAAAAAUUUUUGAAUGAAUGGUG